AUGGAUGAUGUGAAGGUUGAGCAGAAACCGGAGGAAAAUGAAAGGAAAACGGCUAAACGUGGAACAUUUCCGAAGAAAAGGGAGUACGACCAUUCAAUCGCAACUCUUGGUUCCUCUCUAAGAGACUCUGAAAUUAAAAAGAUCGAGGCUGUCCCUUUGGAUGAUUCACGCGUGGCAAAACAUGACACAGGUGUGUCGGCUCUCAAUCCGGAAAACAUGCGAAGCGCUUUCCACAAGGAGAAGUUUGCGAUGAAAAAGCGAAAACUAAUGCAGAGAUCAGAGAAGAAGGCUCGGGCUGAGCUGCUAAAUAGAGAAGAGGUGGGGUCUUAUACGACGAAAAUACAAAUUACCUGGCAAAUAACAACAACAACCUGGAUAACAUUCUGUCUCAUGUAA